GUGUGUUCAGUGUGUGUUCGGUGUGUGUGCGUGGGGGAGGGGUAUUGGCUGAGGUGGAACAGUCCUGUAAUGAGCAGAUUUUAGAGAGAGAGAGAGAGAGAGAGAGGUAGAAAGAGAAAGAGCGAGGCCGAAAAACAAGAGAGGGCAGAUGACUUGGUGGAAUUGGGAUACAACAACAAUCCAGGUUUAGGCGAGCGCUGCAAUGGAGAGGACAAAGGGAAAAGGAGAGGAAUAAUUUAUUUUGUCUUCUUCUUCUUCUGCUUUUUCUCUUCACAUCUUCAGGAGAGGAGACCGCCUCGUCUUUUAGAUCACAGCAGAGCAGAGAGGAGAAAGAGGGAGGAAAUAAGAGGAGAUAUUCACUCUCCGUUGUGUCUGCUGAGGUGUGUGUGCGAGGCUGAGGCUGUGUGUUAUGGAUGUGUGUCUCUGAGCGUUAGCCUGGAUUGCUCGUUUCCAGGCCAUGCUAUAGAGAAAUACCUCCAACUUCUCUGCUCCUCUGAUUUUUUAAAAUUGCGUACGAGUGCAGCAGCAUCCCUGUCCUGUAUCCGUCUCUGAGUGCCGGUGCGGCAGGGAUGUGGGGAUACUGUAAUGUCUGAUUGAGCUGAGCUCUGUCGCUGCUGCCGCCGCCGCCGCCGCUCUGUGGGCCUCUGGGACUGCCAGAAAAGCCUAGGCCUCGCUUGUCUGGUGCGCCCUGCUGCACGGCUGAGGCGACGAGCCGGCGAGCUGCCCGGCUGCGAGGCUGCGUGAAGCAGGAAGGUGGAGGAGGAAGUGGAGGAGGAGGAGGAUGAGAAGCACUCUGAGCCUGCAUGCCCAUGGGAAGCAGCAUGCACAGCAGCUGCGUUCGUCACUCCAGAACCGUCGCUGAGGCUUAGGCUGCUUCUCCAUCGUAAGGUGAUGCUCUUCGGGCCACGUCCUACUGUUUUUAAAAUGAGGAGCUGGUGUUUUACAUCCUAAACUAACAGGAGAGGGAGAGUCGAGGCCCUGCACCUCCAUGCUACCAGAUUCAAGCGAGGCCUCUUCCCUCUUUGCUCCUUCUGAGUGAACCAGGCCCUUGUUUUUUCUUUUUCUUGACAUUCUAAGGAUUUGCCUAAACCUGUUUCAUGCAUGUCCACUGGAGGCAGGUUUGACUUUGAUGACGGGGGGUCGUACUGCGGGGGGUGGGAGCAGGGUAAGGCCCAUGGUCGAGGGGUCUGCACGGGGCCCCAGGGUCAGGGCGAGUAUGCGGGUGCCUGGAGCCACGGCUUCGAGGUUCUGGGCGUGUACACUUGGCCCAGCGGGAACAGCUACCAGGGCACCUGGGCGCAGGGCAAGCGGCAUGGCAUCGGAGUGGAGAGCAAGGGCCGCUGGGAGUAUAGAGGGGAGUGGACACAGGGGUUCAAAGGUCGCUAUGGGCAGCUGGAGAGCACGGCCAGCGGGGCCCGGUACGAGGGGACGUGGAGCAACGGGCUGCAGGAUGGAUACGGCACUGAAACCUACUCUGAUGGAGGAACCUUCCAAGGCCAGUGGCUGGGUGGGAUGCGUCAUGGCUAUGGCGUGCGGCAGAGUGUACCGUACGGCAUGGCGGCCGUCAUCCUCUUCCCUCUGCGAACAUCCAUAAACUCCCUUCGCUCCGAGCAUAGCCACGGCCCUCCGGCUGUGCUGGAGGAUGGCACCGCCACCACGCCCACGGACGGGGUGGUGGCCGGGCUGGCCGGGAGCCCAGUGGGACGAGGUGGGUUCGCUUUGACAGCUCCAAGUGAAGCUGAACGUCAGAGGAAGAGAAAAGGCCGCUUCCGCCAGUCCAUCCUGAGCGGCCUGAAGCUGCGCCGCUCUGAGUCCAAAAGCUCCCUGGCCAGUCAGCUCAGCAAGCAGAGCUCCUUCUGCAGCGAGGCUGGCAUGAGCACCGUCAGCUCUGCUGCAUCUGACAUCCACUCCAACGCCAGUGAGAGUGAACAGGGCGCCCCUGUGGACGCCACUGUCACAGAAAUGUAUGCUGGCGAGUGGCGGAGCGACCAGAGGGCUGGCUGGGGUGUGAGCCGGCGCUCGGACGGCCUGCAUUAUGAAGGUGAAUGGGUGGGGAACAAGAGACACGGAUAUGGAUGCACCACCUUCCCUGAUGGCACCAAGGAGGAAGGAAAGUACAAGCAGAAUGUGUUGGUGAGCGGCAAACGCAAGAACCUGAUCCCACUGAGGGCCAGUAAAAUCAGAGAGAAGGUGGACCGGGCUGUUGAAGCUGCUGAGAAGGCCGCAGACAUCGCCAAGCAGAAAGCAGAGAUUGCCAUGUCAAGGAUGAGCCACGCUCGUGGGAAGGCGGAGGCAGCUGAAGGAGUGGCGCAGAAGGCCACGGAGGAGUGUCGACUGGCCCGGAUAGCUGCCAAAGAGCUCUCUCCCUCCUUCCACAUCUAUGGGAACGGGCUCGAAUGUCAGAGGCCCAAGCACCAGGACGCCAAGGACAAAGACCAUGAGGUGAUCUCCACAGGAACAGACAGUCCGGAGCUGUGCACUCCGGACACCACGCCGCCUGUAAUAACACCUGAUCUCAGCCCCGUGCUGAGCGUACCCACCUCGCCCCCCCACAGCCCGCCCAAGCACGCCCAUCGUCCCAGAAAUGCUUGUUUCAUGCGCCAGAGCGCCGUGGACGAUCAGAGCGGGGCCGAGAUCCAGGUGCUGGUGGAGGGACGGGGGAUGGAUCUGCCGAGGGGAGGGGCUAACAAUUGGACUGAUGACAUGUAUCCGGACCGAGGAGGCAGCAGCCGCUCCACCACACCCUCCCUUCUGGAAGAGCAGGAGGGCCAAAUUAACGGCCACGAGCAAGCCCCUUUGUCCAACCACAAACCACGGGAGAAAUCCUUGUCCAAUCACAAGUCCCGGGAGCACGCUUCCUCCUACAGAGCAUGGGAGCACUCCCUGUCAAACCAAAAGCCCUCCAAGCAAGCCUCUUCCAAUCACAAGUCAAGGGAGUAUUCGUCCUCCAAUCACAAAACAUGGGAUCAUUCUUCCACCAAUCACAAGGCCUGCGAGCAUGCCUCUUCCAACUACAAGCCGCAGGUGCACAUUUUAUCCAAUCACAAGGCCUUGGAACAUAACAUGUCCAAUCACAAGACUUCUGAGCAUGCUUCUUCCAAUCACAAGUCCCAAGAUUAUAUCUCCUCAAAUCACAAUGCAAAGGACCACGUCUCAUCUAGUUACAACCCUCGAGAGCAUGUCUACUCCAACCACCAUCCAAAGCAGCACAACCCCUCCAACCACAAGCUUCACGAGCAUGCUGUAAUCGACCAAAGGCUAGAUGGCCUCACCGGGGGCUGGACUGCUGAAAGCACCCUUAGGUGGAGCCCUGCCCAUUCACGCCUCACAGAGCAGGACGAGGAGAGGAUGAAUGACUAUACGGUUGAUAUGAGGCUUCAGUGUCCGGACUCGCAGACGUCUCGGGGGCUGGGUCAGGACUCUCCGGCCCCCCAAAACAACAGGCUGCGAUCCCGAGGCCUUCGGCCGGUCAGAGAGGGAUCCAUGGACUCUGUACAGAUGCUGGACAACCUGAAUGUGGGGGCAGAGCUGGAGGAGUGGCCGCUGCACAGGGACCUCACCCUCUCCCCACCCCUAAAGUCUCAGCCCAUCACUCUGGAGCAGGAAGGAGAGCAUCUCACCCUCAAAUCAAACUCAGGCUCCAGCUCUAUUCUGGUGGUUAUGGUCAUUUUACUCAAUAUUGGAGUAGCCAUUCUUUUCAUUCACUUCUUUAUUUAAGCUUAUACAGGUAUGAUCUACUAAGACUUAUUGAUAACUACGGUAUAUUAUAUUAUUACUUACUGAGACGGACAUUCUGCCUAUUCGACUGGAGCCCGCAGCCCGAGUGACAGACACAGCAGAGCCUUUCUAUUGUUGCUACUGGUCUUUUCACCUCUGUUGAAGCCCAUUUGAGUUUCUACGAAAGCACCGUUCCCUUUCAGAUGCUUAUUUUGAGCUUGCAACCAUAGAAAAGAAAGUAAGAAAGUAAAGAGUGCAGCUUUAAACUAGCGUGGUGUAUAUCGGGACACACAUGCAUGGGUGUCCAUCAGCUACUGUUAAACGGACUGGAGAUGGCACAGGCAGUUUUGCCCAUUUUUCCAUCCACUCUAGACAAGAAUAUAGCAACCCUUGUUUCCUGGUUAUCAUGAGAAACAUGCUAACCAAGAACGCGGCACACACACAUCCAUCUUAAACCCCACAGACAAUAACCCCUUUUGCCUUUUACCCCUUUCCCCUUUUGUGCCCAUCCACCAGUCUCUACCCCCUAUUCGCACUAUGCGCUACAUACAGAACUAUGCUGCAAGAGUAGAUCCAUUUUAAAGGGCUCCGUCAUUAUUCUUUUCUUUUUUCCACUACGAACUACAAAGACGCACACAACCAUUGCAUGAGGCUGUGUGGGGUUUUAAAAGUGCAUUUUCUAUCCCUUUAACAUCACCGUUUCUGUCCUCCAUCCUGGUUAUCACUUCCUGUCGCCGCACCCGUCGGCGGAGAUUUGGAAAUCAGCGCCGCGCCGCUUCACGUCCAAAUCAAAUCACAGAAUCUGACCGAAUCAGAUUCACAUUUGAGUCACGAAUCAAACGUCAGCGACCAACACACUCCAAGACCCACGAGUCUAAACCUCGAGGAACUUCCUGAAUUUAUUAUAUUAUAAGUGAAACCACACAAACACACACAUUCGCACGCAAAAAACACACACACACACACAUACUACACAUUUAACUGCUGACAUACUGAGGAGGAUUCAGCCUUGCUCCUUUGUACAGCCUUGAGACUGUUAUGUUAUAACCACUAAUUCUACUAUAUAUGUGUAUGUGUCAUUAUUAUUCAAGUUUGUUACUUUUUGCAGUUUGCAAGACAGAGAGAAUGCUGAGUGCCUCGUAUUUAUUCAUUUUCCGUCUCAAAUUUAUUUAAAACCCCCCGACCCCUAGAUAAAACACCCCGCGUGGGCAGGAUAAGAGGAGACGAAUAACCUUCAACAUUAAGAAAGGUGACCCUCCAGCACCCCCCCACCCACCCCCUCUCCCACCCCCCCACAAACCUCCCUUUCACCCUGAAAUGGCAUGCACUGUUUUGUCUCUCUCUCCCAGUCCCCCUUUUGGACCAGUCAAAAAGGGAAAAAUGGGGUUUCUACGGUGUCAUUUCCAGACACUUUUUGGGCCGGAUGAGAUUUUUUUCAGCAUGUUUGUUCAGCCUGCUCAAUCUGGUGUCAGUUUGUGAGUUUCUCCCUCUCGUCUCUUCUAUCCAGCAACACAAGGCUACGUGAGACGUGGAGAGCAGUGUAAAAAAAAAAAACGCUAGCUUUUAACUCUCAGUGGAUACUGAAACGUCCCGAGUUUAUGAAUGAUAUCAAAAGAAACUCUCUGCUACUGUAUGUUUUAUACUUCGCACUCAGUGGCAUCAUCAUGUUGUGACAUCAUUGCAUGCCCGAGCAUGCUCUUUCUUACUCUUUGGUUUAUGAGGUUGUUUCGAAGUUAAUGUGGAGAAAAUAAUGAAAUGUUUGAAAUUAA